AUGAUUGACGGCUGUAUUGACUGUCUUACUGUGAUCCGGCGUCUUGACAUCGUGUUUCGUGGAAUUCCAGAUGUUCGACGCAUGAUCAAGCGUGACUGUGGAUACCAAGGAAUUCAGUACUCAAAGGAUAACUGGACGAAAUUCUGGAAGUACUUCAAGACAACCUGGAUCAAAAAAUUUGUUCCGGCAUGGUGGGACACCAAUGGAUUGGGCGACGACAUUGUAAAUCGAACCAACAACCCUCUGGAACGCUACAACAGGACGCUCAACAACGCUUUUUCUGUAGCGCAUCCGGAUGUGACCCAGUUCAUCAGCGUGAUUGAAGCUCAAAGCAGGGAAUACGUUCGACUCAUCAACGAUAUAUCCAACCGCAGAACCACCGCUCCUGCCAUGCACCAGCUCAGCCUGCUCCGGCUUUUGACUCGGAUUCGGACUUCGAAGUGGACUCGAACUCGGAUUUAG